AUGGUCGAGCGUACUAAAAUUUCAAAUACAAAUUUAGAAGAUAUUACAAAGGCAUUGGAAGACAUGGACAGUUUAGAUAUGGAAUUAUUUAAUGAUUCGUUUAAAAAAACAAAAUCUACAAAUGUCAUCAAAGAUUCUAAUAAACAAUCAGAUGCAGAAAUUAAAAAAAAAGUUAUAUUUAAAGAUCCAAACGAAGAUGAUUUAUUAACUGAUUUGCUAUCUGAUGAAGAGACUUCUGUAAAAGAAAAGAAGAAUCUUUUUGCAUCUAGUAGCAAAAGUAGUUUAAUGGAAGAUCUUUUUAAGAUAAAAAACCCAGUUACAUAUAUGACAAGUAUUAGUUCAAGUAAUGAGCUAGAACAUCAUUUUGAGCAAAAAGAAACUAAUCAAUUGUUUUCUCAAAAACUAAAUGGUUAUUCUGCUUCUAAAAAUAAUUUUACUAUACCACAAAGUGAAUCACCUAAAGAGAAAAACAGACAAAAAUUAAGAAAUGUUUCUAAAAAUGAAGAGGAUAUUUUGAUAAAUUUAAGUAAUGUAUCUGAUGGAGAUAAAGUAAAAAGAUCAUCUUUAAAAGAAAAUUUAUUUGAAAACCAACCUCAUUCAUCAAAUUUUAUAAAUUCUAUCAUUCCUAAAAACAUUAAAAAAACAGAGUCUGAAACUAUGAUACAAGAAUCAAAAUUGGAUUCUAUUGAUUUAUCAACUUCUAAACUUCUUACAAAAGAAUUUCGUAGAGGUAGAAGGAAUACAAAAAUUAUAAAUAAUCCUCUUGGUUUACUACCCACUGAUGUAUUGUCAGAUCAAAGUCUUGAAUUGGUAACAAAUGAAAAUAUGUCAAUUAAAAAUGCUGUUAUACAAAAUACUAAGGCAGUAAAAGAUUUACCAGAAUGGUUGGGUGGUUCCAAAAAAAUAGAAGAUACAAAAUCAGAAAUGCAAAAUGAAGAAACAGCUAAAAUAGAUAGAGUAGUUACUUCAAAUCAAAAUGUUGAAAUUCACAACACAAAUAUUGCAGUAGAUUCAAAAAUACCUGGUGCAAAUGAUUCAGAGGGUACAUCUAUCUCCCCAAAACCCUUUAAACUAUUGUUUGAUACACAACAACUAAAUCAACAAAAUGCACUUAUAAAUAUGGAACAACAAGAACAUGAAUUAAGAACAGCAGCACUCCUUUCUCAACAAAAUGAACAACUACAUAAAGUAUCAAAUUCUCAACAUUCUAUGCUAUGUAAUCAAGAAGAACAAUUUAAUGCUCUCCUAAAAUUACAGUUUGAAAAACAAGUUUUAUUAGAGAAACAAAUAAAAAUGCAGCAAGAACGAAUUAAUCAAUACUUUCAUGUCUUAAUGACACACUCUAUGCCAAUAUCAAGUAGUACAACAAUUCAUACAUGUUGUAAAACAGAUUUAGACGAAGAAAGAAAGGAAUUUACAAAUGAAAUAAAAGAAACAAAAAACAUAAUAAAAAAAUUAGAAGGGGAAAAAUCAAAAUUAGAAAAUGAAUUAUCUAUUAUAAAAGAAAAACAUGAUAAUGAAUUAACAUUUCAAGCAGAAUUUUAUGAAAGACAAAUGAAAUUUUUAAAAGAAGUAAUAAUAAAAUCUGAAAAAAGAGUUAAACAAGAAAUAGAAUAUUUAGAAACAGAUUAUAUAGCAAAACUUGAAAAACUAAAAAAUGAAAAAUUGCAAAUGGAAAAUCAAUACAAGGAAGAAAUUCACAAUUUAAAGGAUGAACAUGCUCAACAUAUACAAGAACUUUGCAAAUUACAUGAUGAAAAUAUAAAACUCCUACAAAAGGAAUAUAGUAAUAUAAUAGAAAACAUAUCUAAAGCUAAGCAAAUGGAAGAUCAAAUUAUACAAACUAUGACAACUCGUAGAACUGAUAUAGAAGAUAUAUUACAGAAAGCUAGUGUGAUUAUUGAAGGUAUGGCAGAAAACAAAAAAGUAUUGGAAAUUAAUCACAAUGAAAUAAUGAAACUUAAAGAAAAUACUCUAAAAAUACAAGAAGACAAUAUAAAAGCACAGACACUUGAAUUAAAAUAUCAAAAUAAUUCCUUAGAGGAAUAUCGUAAUAAAUUUAUACAAACAACAGAAAAACUUGAUAUUCGUCUUACACAACUUAUAAUUGAACUUCAAAAACAAUGUACACUGUGUAACCAAACGGAAGAAACACUUGAGAAGAGAACAAUGAGUCUUUUACGAGAAAGAGAAUUAUUUGAAGAAAAAAUGAAAUGGGAAAGAGACUAUAUGCAGGCAUUAAAGGAAUCCUGGAUAAAAGAACAAGAGAAACAAUUAAAAUUACUUGCAGAAGAAAAAGAAGUAAUUGCAAUGGAAAAAGCACAACUAGAAGUUUUGAAUAAAUUGAAAAAUAAUAAUAGUGAAAUUGUUAAAAUAGAGUUAGAAGCAGCUAUUAAAACUGCACAGGAAGCUGCUGAAUCUGCUAAUCGAGAAAGAUUAAUAUGGCAAGAAAAAAUUAAUGAAUUAAAUACUCAGAAACAAGUUCUACAAGAUAAUGAAAAUUUACUCAUUUUACGUGCCAAAGAACUUGAAUAUCUUACACAGUCUACUUUAACUAAAAGGGAGGAAGGAAUAAAAGCUUUAAAAGAUGCGAAACACUUGGAAGAUCAAAAUAAAGAAAAAUUUAAUCAAUUACAAAUACAAAUUGAAGCAUUAAUGGAACGAGAAAAGAAGACUGCAAUUGAAAAAUACAAUAUUACAAAGGGUAGAAUGAAUUUAUCUGUUUAUGAAAAUGAAAAACCAGAAAAGGAUAUAAAUAUGUCACAUAAUUUUCAAAAUGAUAUAAUAUCUUUCUCUGAAAUGCAAUCAAAAUCUGAGAUCCCUACAGAAUUUAUGAAUAUUAUAGAUCCAAACUUAAUUAUGUUAAAAUUUAAUUUUAAUGAUGAAUUCAAUUCUACUAGUAAAUAUAUGUAA